CAGACAAAAAAAUGAAAAAUAAGAAUAAUUAAAUCCCGAAGAAAUUAAAUAUCAUAAUAGAGACUGAGAGAUAGAAAAGAUAUAGAAAAAAAAUAGAGUCUACAGUUUGUAGUCUAAUGCAAAAAAAUCAUCGUAUUACGGAUGUAGUAUGAAGAUGGAUAUAGUACGAAGAUGUCAAAGAUGGUGAAAAUGAUUCGUCAUAGAUUCGUCUAUAUUGGAUGAAAUGAACAAAUGUUUCAUUAAAAAUUAUAAAUAUUACUAAGAAGGUGUACAUCGAAGCCGAAAGAAUUGUAAGAGCUGUGAGUUUUUUUUUGAAAAAUUUUAUACGAAAAAUAAUAAUAUAAUUUUUUAAUCACGCUGACAAAUAACUAUUGUAUUAGAGAAAGAGAUAAUGACAAUUAGUUGAAAGAAAGUAAUAAAAUAGAAAGAUGAGAGAUCAUAGACGAAGAGAAAAUUGAAGAAGGAGAAUUGGAAGAACGAAAGGGAUAUGGGAAGAGUCUGAAGCAGUGUAGAGAGGGUGUCUGGAUGAGCGGAGGGGUAAAAUUUAGACCGAUAUCGACCGCGAAUUGCGCUUGCGUGGAAAAAGGCGCGCAAUCGCUGUUGAGAAAGCAACGUACUGCCGCGAGGAAGAGGCAGUCAGUCGAUUGUCGCGACGACCAUCAUCGACGAGUAACAAUCUCUGUCGUUCUAUCGUUGUUUCUUUAUAUAGCCGAGGUGGUUAUUAUUUCGUAUUCAAUAUUCCUUCUUAUAUCAAUAUCUAUUAUUUUCUCUAUCAAAAGCAUAAAUUUUGCUUGUCUAUAUACUCAGUAUGCAGAACGAUUUUUUUUUUGUAAACACGCAGCUAAAUUUCUCAAUUCGCGUAACUAAUAAACUAUUUUUCUUUAACUAUCGCUUUUAAUGCUACUCCACUUCUUUCGAUAUCCUUGCAACGGUCUCGGUGAUUCCAAUGCGCGCACCGACGAAACGCGCAUUUGCAGAAAGCUAGCAUAUGAAAAAGGAAAUUGUUACUAAUAAAUAUGCAUCAGAAUCGUAAGUAAGAAAGGGAAUAGAUCGCGAUCAGUUAUUUCUACAAGAUUAAUUUCUUUCUUUUUCCCUCUUUCUUCAAUUUGCUUCUUCAGUUUUUUACUUUCUGCGUUUCGAUAAACUGUGCUUGAAGAAUUGGAAAACAUAAAUUAUAAUAUUUGCAAAUUCGCAAAAUUUACAUUAAUUUCACUAUAAAUAAGAAUAAAUAUUAAUAUAAAAAAUUAAUAUAGAAAAUUGUACGGCAAGAACGAAAAAAGAAAGAGUGAGUGAGAAAUUGCGAAUAUUUGGGUAGUAAGAUAAAAAAAAUAUAAGUUAAAUGGCUACGCUUGAUAUGCAGCAAGAUAUUUUAAAUCAAGUAACUGGAAGCGAACAACAACAACAACAACAAGAGGAAAUUCAACUGACAGAAUUAUUACCGGUGAAACAAUCACGAAUCAGAGAGAAUGAAAUUUUUAAAGAUACAGAUACGAAUGUUGAUACGACCGAUGCUUUAAAGAUACUUCGAAGUUUUACCAUCGUCGAUAAUUGUUGCAACGAUGAUGAACAUAAGCUUUGCUCGGCCAAUUUAUCUUUUUGUAGAAAAAUCGAUCAAUAUGAGCGAGAAAAAUUACAAGACAAUUGCAAACAAUUGCUUGAAAGUAAUCUGCAAAAGAAGAUUUGCGAAUAUGAUAAAAAAAAUGUAAUUGAUAAGACCGAAAUUGGAAAAGAAAAAGAAAAAUGUAACGUCCAAAGGUUUGAGAAUGAAUCAAGUAUAGGAAAAAGAAAAUGCAAGCAAAUCGAUAAAAAAUCGAUAAUUGGAGAUGUAAUAAAAUCCACAAAGAAAAGAGCAAUUAUCGAUGCAAUAAAAAGUAAUAAAAAACAAAAAAGUGAAGAAAAUGGCAACGCAAGGUCAAGGAAUCGGUUAAAAUUACGAGAAAAUUCAUAUCUCGAAAAUGGAAAAGGGAUUAACGAACAAAUAGAAUCAACGACUUAUUUAGAUCUUGACAAGAAUAAUCAUUUAAAUGAUGAGAUUUACGUUUUUCGUCGUGAAUUGAUAGACGAAGAACAGGAAUUCAACACAAACUCGAAAAACAUAGAGGGAACGUACAAAAAUGCGAAUUAUACAAAUACUACCGAUGGAAUAUUAUUCGAUCGAGUAGCAAUUUCUAGCGAAAUAGCAGAUAAAAAUAAUAUCGAUGAAGCUGCCAAACAACUUAUCGCCGUUACUAUUGAAGAAAAUUGCAUAUUUAAUGAAAAAGUAACGAAUUCGAAAAUAUUGCUCGAGAAUUCAUCGAAAGAAACAAAGUUAAACUUAUAUACAACAACGAUGAAUUAUCUUGUAGACAGUGAAAACAAUAAUACGAUGGAAUCAAGUCGAUUCAAAGUCGGAGAAGCUCAUACGAAUCCAUCGUAUGGAUCAGAUAUCUCUAAGAACAUAGUCGUUAUCGAAUCGUCAUCAUCGUCGUCGUCGUCGUUGUCGUCGUCGUCAUUGUCAUCUUCAUCAUCAUUAUCAUCGUCAUUGUUGUCGUCGUCACUCUCAUAUUCAAAAAAAAAGAAUAUGAAUGAUAACGAGGAUGGACGAGACGAGGACGAAAAGAUUGAUAUCAAAACUAAAGAAGAGAAUCAGCAAAAAAAAUAUUGUUGCGUAGUUUGCGAGGCGCGAUUUAAAGGUAGCGGAGGUCUUCGUAAUCAUUAUAAAAUCGUACAUGGAGCGGGACCUAUCUUUAAAUGUGACGAAUGUGGCAAAGAAUUCCCUUUGAAAGAAAGAUUGAAACUACACGUUAGAACACAUACCGGAUUCAAGCCAUAUAAAUGUCCAGAAUGCGACAAAAGUUUUGCCAGAGGAGGACAAUUGGUACAGCAUCGGCGUACUCACAGUCAAGUGAAACCGUACCGUUGCGGUUUAUGUUCUGGCACGUUUACCUGUGCCGCGAAUUUGGCAUUGCACGUAAAACGACACAAUGGUCAAAAAGAUCAUAAAUGUGAGAUUUGUGGUCGCGCGUUCGUUCGCCGAGACGCGCUCAAAAAACAUCUCGAAUGCCUUCAUAGAGAUGUAAAAUCUUUUCUCUGCGUGAUAUGUAACAAAACUUUCAAGGGCCACCUACCUCAACACAUGAGAACGCAUGCGCGCGAUCGGCCACAUGGUUGCGCUACGUGUGGUCAAAGAUUCGCUCAAAAAUCUCAAUUGACCGUCCAUCAAAGAACACACUCAGGACAAAGACCAUUCAGAUGUUUGGUUUGUUGGCAGGCGUUUGCACAUUCAACGGCUCUUAAACUUCAUACAAGAAGACAUACCGGUGAAAGGCCGUUUAAAUGUGCCGAAUGUAACGCCGGUUUCACACAACUACCCCACUGGAAAAAACAUAUGAAAUGCAUUCACGGUCGAAAUGAACCAUACGCUUGCAAAAAGUGUAAGAGUUUCUUUAGAAUCAAAAACGAUUUGGAAUGUCACGAGAAAACCUGUCAUCCUGAAUCUAAAAGUGAACACGACGUUUCGAAUAAUCGAAUGGACUCCAUAACGGCAACGAUAAUACCGACAACAUCAGUUUCGAUGACCUUACAAUCGACAACAUCGUCCCUACUUUCCAAUGAAAUAAUCACCGACAAAUCUUCCUCCCCUCCCUCCAAAUAUAAAAUAAUGUCUGUCGAGAGGAUGAGAUUGUUGCUCGCUGUACUUCUUAAGAGGAUUAGCAAACAAGAAAGAUUGGACGAAUUAGGGUUUGGAAAACGAUUAAUCGACGAGGUUCUUUAUGAUUCUUUGUUAUCCGCUGGCAAAGAUCCGGUUGUGAGUAACGGUCUUUCGGAACUCGAAACUCUCACCAAGAAUCUCGAGAUAUUUCUCAAGUGGACCGUACCCAAAGAACAUUGGGAACAUUUUCGCAAGUUGAAUAAAACACCCGAAGAUAUCCUGGAAACACUUACCGCUACUUAAAUAAAACUUCUAGUUAUUUCAAUCAUUUAAUCAUAUAUGGCUAACGCUACUAAAUAUUUACCAAAGAUUAGAAGAUACAGAUAUACUUUAAACUUCUUGAAAAUUAUUUCAUCCUAAAUCGAGGCUUUUUAAAUCAAAGACUGCUCCCUCUUUUUACAUGGAUAAUUUUUCUAUAACUUUAUACGUUUGAUGCACCAUUCGCGACUACGUGAAUAAAAACAAUUAGAGAUGAACGAGUAAAAAAAGAUUUGAACAUACGUGCGGAACAAGAAUAUUCGUUAGCACGUGUGCAUCGUCAAUCAACAUAUUAUUUAGUAAUAAUAAUCAUUCGUAUUAUGUAUUAUAUUAUCUACCAAAAGUGUUAAUUUAUUAAAAUUAUUUCGAUACAUAUAAAUAAUUUCGUUUAAUAUAAAAUAAGUAUUUGCUAGUCCAAAGUGCAAACGCAAUAUUCGUAAUAACAAUCGAAUAACUCGUUGAUCAUUUUGUGCGUGCACCGUUUUACAAUUCAUUUUGUACUGGGAAAAAAUAAAAUAUGCGAUUGACUGAUAUACAUUUUAACGAUAUUAAAACUUAUUAUUAGUUAUGUUACAUAUAUAUUGUAAAAGUAAUAACGAGUUACACGUAAAAUGGUAGAUAGAUUGAACGAAUAUUUUGUUCCCAUCAUUUCUAUGUGAUAAGUUAAUUAUGCAUCGAGUGCCAUAUUGUUUGUACAAAAAGUUCGUACAAACAAUUUAAAAAAUAAUAAAAACACAUUUAGAGUUUUAAACUUCUACGCAAAGUAUAAAGCGACAAUAUACACUGCGAAAUUUUCAUUAUGAGAGAACGAAAAAGAACGAAUGAGCGAGCGAGCGAGAGAGAAAGAGAGAUAUUUACGUGAUUUUUAUAUUAUAAUAUUUUAAGUAUAGAUAUAUAUAUAAUAUUUUACGAGUUCGUUCGCUUCAUUAUAUAGAUAUUUAAGUAUAUCUUUUAUAGAUAUUUUUAAUAACCAACUGGCUACAUUCAGGGUGCCAUGCGUCAUUUAUUUCUUGCCCUGUUAUUUUAUUAAUAAUUAUCUUACUUGUUGUUAUUUAAACAAAUUUGUUGCUCGCUUUUCGUAAUUUCUAAACGAAUGUAUGAUAAUGUAAUGAAUGUUACGAUGAUAAAGUUAAAUAUUAUCUAUGAUAAACAACUAAUCAAAAUUAGAUUCGUGUGGCAAUAGAUUAAAAAUGCAGUUUUUGCAUUUAUAUUCGUCAUAACGAAAAACAUAUUUUUUUAAAAGAAAACUGAAUGAAAACAAAAAAAAAAAAAAAAAAAAAAAAAAAAAAAAAAAGAAAAAAGAGGGAAGGAAAAAAGGAAGGGAAAAAAGGUGAAAGAGAAAAAAAAUAUGUUUGAAUAUAUAUGAGUAUUUCAAUACAAGUUUUUAGAUGAUUUCUUACUUAAUUUAAAGAGGCUAAAUAUCAACUAGGCUAUUGUACACGUUGUUUGUUGCAAUAUAUUCUUUUAAUUAGACAUAAGCAUUCUAUAUUUAUACGUACAUUGUUGUGUGUAAAUUGUUGGACAAGUAUAACACACAAGUUGAAUGCAUAAUUUUAUUGAUUUUUGUUUAUUUGUGAUAUUUUUUUCUUGCCAUUUUUUUCAUUUUCGUUCUCAUUUAUUUAUUUGCUUUCGAAUUAUUUUUGAACUUAAAUUAUACGUUAAAUAAAUUGAUCUCUUUGGAUAAAAAAAAGUUUCGAAAAGUUCUAAAAAUUUCGGAGAUUCUCGUAAAAUUCUUCGUAUAAAAAUCAUGUAAAAAAAUAAAAAUUUUCAUUUACAUAUGAAAAAUACGCGUGGUGCUACAUGAAAUUUUGUUGUGUUCGUGGCUCUGUUAAUAAACAGGAUCUUUAAUA